AUGAAGAAUCUUUACACUGUACUGGUCCUUGCGGGACAUCUCUUGGAGGCUUCCGCUGAGACACUUCCGAGCCUCUCUUGCGCGGCGGGCUCGGAAGUUACCGCGCACCCAGAGUGCGACUCAUUUCUGAGCUCCAACGAUGCAUGUGCUACAGUCAUGGACCGCCCCGGCAAAGAAGACUGCCUCUGCCACCAAGAGUGCGAGAAUGAGCUCCGCCUCUGUUAUCGUCGCGAAGACUUGGGCGUCAACUUCGACAGAGCUCGUGAAUUAUGGAACAGUCUUUGCGGCUCAGUCAUCACCUUUGAUCCAACCACCGCACCGCCAAGCUCCUAUGAGCCCUAUCCAGACCAGCUCUGCCAAAACAUCAAGACCAGAUGUGCCGAGGCCAGGAAGCUCCUUCGCGAGUGCACUGAUUACACUUCAGACAAGGACACAUCGAGACUCAGCUCAUGCACCUGCCGGCCAACGCUUCUGCGCGAGGCCUACUCGUGCGCGUAUGUAGCCAACACCACCUGUUUGGGGUUGGAGGCGACGUUGUCUAAUGUCCAUGGGUACCAAUGCGAUAAUUUCGAGUCUGUGAUUGGAACAGGUCUGCCGGAUUACAGUCCGGCUACCGAAACGGCGUUCCCCACGCUAGAUAUAACAACUGCAAUGACUGGUUCAAGUUCAGAGCCGACAGCCACGGCGACGACCACGUCGGACAAUGCUUCAGUGAAGGAGGACCCCAGGUUUGGCACUGUGCUAAUGUUUGCUCUCUGCAGCUUGUUUUUAAUCUCUGUGUUUUAG